GACAUGAUGAAACCGGGAUCAGAAUAUCCGCUGUAAGCUGAGCUGGACAUCAAUAUCGCAUCGACAGGUUACAGUUCAAGUACGUGCUUGAGGUGGUAGCCUGCAGUGGCUGGGCUGAAAUAGUCAUGCCACUUGAGCCCUCCCCGCUUCUGACUUCGUGUUGGUUUUCGCUAUACUUUCCUAUCGUGAUCUACCGCUGCGCUUAUGAGGAUGAUGAAGCUUGGUCGUGGUUCAAACAGAUUGUCGAAGAACGGUUCCGUGCACCCACCGCAAGCUCUGAUAUGCCAGAGGCUGGAAAUACACUGGAAGGAAUCUUGUUUAACAUCGUGAUACACUGGAUGACGUUUUGAAGAACCGGCUUCGUACCCGCUUUAGGGAAUGGGAGGCUCAUGCGAUUGAUAUUGAGAACCCACAUCGUGAAAAUAGACACCUUGGGGCUGUUGGAAUUCCGGGAUACGGGUACUUUGUCAUGGUUGAUGAAGCCGCAUUGCGGAGUGUGGUCAACGAUGUUCCACAAGCUCCAGACGAUGAUAUGGACGGGGAAAGCUAUGUGAAAUCUGUAGACGUCAGCUGGUUGCCUUUGGAUGAGGACUCUUCGGUUGCAGAACUUUCUCCCGAGGAACGACAAAAUGAAGGACAUUACGAGCCAAUAGUUGACUGCCGUGAAGAGAAUGUCGGUUGGAUAAAGAUGGCGUCAUCUAUAUUUAACUCCGGAAUUCUACGAUGCUAUGGCUGAUAACCCUGACGUAUGGUAUUGUUCUUACAGAAGUCCACCCAUAACGAUAAUUUGGUGAGUAUAGAUGUUGGUGAUUUUCUCUUGUGUUCCUAUUUAUCGCUCUUGAAAUGGAUCCUUUCAUGUUGGGAACCUUCCUUUCAUACCUUUGGAAAUAGUCUCUAAAUUGGCCCCUGAUAAACCGCAUUUCCUUUAUAACAUGUCCGCAGGCAUAUUGAAAAACCCGUACAAAAUAGAAGAGCGAAUUAUUCCA